AUGAGCCUCGCAGGUAAGAUCUUUGUGGUAACUGGCGGCGGGUCCGGAAUCGGAAUGGCUACCGUCAACAAGCUCCUCCAAAAUUCAGCGACGGUCCACGUCCUAGACAUCACAGACAUCCCCUCGCACGGGAGCACGCCCGGCCAACAAAUCUCGCAUCCUCAGGUUGAUAUCGGUUCUCGCAGUCAGGUGAAGGCCGUGUUCGACAAGAUCGCAACACGUUCCAACGGCGCACCCUGGCUCGACGGGUUGGUCAAUUGCGCAGGCAUGUUACGCUCGACGACGUGCUCCACCGAUCCCCAGGAUGAUGAGACCUUCCGCAUACUCUGGCAAGUCAACGUCAUGGGCGCCUGGCACACAACCACCGAGUUCAAAGAGCGUCUGGACGCUAGUCGCGAGCUGCAUGACCCUGCCUUGGCCCAUGCUACAACGAGCGUUGUCAAUGUUGGAUCCAUGGCCUCGGUCAGGGGCAUCCCGGGAAUGGCGGCUUAUGUGGCCAGCAAGCACGCACUGCACGGUCUGACGAGGGUAUUUGCCCAGGAGCUCGGUCCGGCAGGGUUCAGGGUGAACACGGUGGCCCCAGGCGCUGUCAACACGCCCAUGAUUGCGGCGGCAUUGCGUGAUGGCCAUCACGAUGCAGCAUACAAGGGCGCGUUCAAGAUCUGCUCGGAACCAGAAGAGAUCGCAGAUACAAUUGUCUUCCUCUUAGGAGAGGGGUCAUCAUCGAUUUCAGGGCAGAUUCUGGAAGUCAAUGGAGGGUGGCCUUGA